AUGGGCUGGAAAGACAGCAGCCGGAUCACAUCCUUCAAGAGAUAUGCCAAAUACUGGAUCGAAGUCAAUGUCCACAAUGCCAUUCAAGGUCCUGAAGAUCUGACGUCUAUUCACUGGCAUGGCCUUAAUCAGCCUGGAACACCGUUCUAUGAUGGCGUCGUCACAGUGGCACAGUGUCCGAUUGCUCCUGGCACCAAUUUGACAUACCGGUACCGGGCAGAUGAGUACGGUACAUCUUGGUAUCAUGCGCACUACAGUGCACAGUACGCAUCCGGGCUGCAAGGCCCAAUUGUCAUCCACGGUCCUGCAGACUACGUGGAGUACGACGUCGACCUUGGUGUCAUCCAGGUCACCGACUGGUUCCACGAUACAUACGACCAUCUGGUCGAUUUGGUCCUGACACCCACAGACACUGGCCUCCCAUAUCGACCAUUCUCUGAUUCCAACCUCGUUGCCGGCGUUGGCCAAUAUCCAUGUGCGAACGUGACCAACGGCGCUCCCUGUUCCGUCCCGGCAUACGCAUCAUGGGAGUUCGAGCAGGGCAAAACGUACCGCCUCCGCUUCGUCAACACCGGCGCUUCAGCCUUCGAGACCAUCUCCAUCGACGGCCACACUCUUACCGUGAUUGCCAAUGACUUCGUUCCGGUCCAGCCGUACCAGACACAGUACAUUACUCUGGGAGUUGGUCAGCGCACCGACGUGCUUGUCACAGCCAGCGCCGCCCCAGGGUCAUACUGGCUCCGCGCCUACAACCAGCCUCAAUGCGGCGAUUCCAACGGCCCAGACGGUCGUGGCGUCAUCUACUACUCCGGCGUCGACCCGAAAACCACGCCCAUCGACACCGGCACUCCUCCACCAGUCAACGCACACUGUCAGAACGACGCGCUGGCGAGCACGGUGCCCAUGUACGCCAUCCCCGCCGCCGAACCCGACACCACCAUCACUCUGACCAUCUCCGGCUCGCCCAACACAACCGGCGCCUUCCACUGGACAUUCAAUGACGUCGCGUACAACGGGCAACUCGAUGCCCCGCUGCUCUUCGAUGCCGUGCAGUCGUCAUCAGCCACGACUUUCGCGCCGACAAGUAACGUGUACAACGUCGGCACCAACGGCACGGUCCGGAUUGUAGUCUACAACACCCUGCCCGCGCCGCACCCGAUGCAUCUUCACGGGCACGAUUUCCAGGUCCUCGCCGAAGGCACAGGCACGUGGGACGGGACGAUCGUCAACGCGGCGAACCCACAGCGUCGCGACGUACACAUGUCAUGGUCCGGCGCGAACGCAUCAGACCCGAGCGUCGGAAACAACUACAUGGUCGUGCAAUUCGAGGCCGACAACCCGGGCAUGUGGCCGUUCCAUUGUCACAUCGCCUGGCAUCUGAGCGCCGGGAUGGCCGUGAUGAUCCUCGAACGGCCCGACGAGGUGGCGAAACUCGAAAUCCCCGGCCCCGUGAGCACCACGUGUGAUCUGUUCAAGAGCUGGGAGGCCACGAACCCGACGACGAGCGUGGAUGACGGGCUCAAGAAGAGAGAUCUGGCGAAACGCAUGGUCGAUUAUAUGAAGGGCGCCGGCGAGCAUGUGGUUAGACAUGUGGACAAGCAUAUGAAGCGGGGCGUCAGGGGCUGGGGGCAUGUUCAUGAGAGGGAGCUGUAAGGUAUCGAUCGAUUAGGGGCCUUGCGAUGGUAUUUCAGACGUCUUGGAUGAGAGCUGGUAAGAUGGUGUGAUCAGAUGUAUCGAGUGAAGAGAUGAUGACGUAUGGAUCAAAAAGUCGUUGAGUAAAGCGAGCCUGGGUAGACAAGGGUCAAGAGAAGAGCAUGGAGCAUGGAGGAUACAUGGCAAGUAUGAGGGUCCGCGGGAUAUAACGAAUGCAUUGGACAUAGACGUGAUCUUUCCUUUUAGCUAUCAAGAUUGAC